AUGGAGAAUGUGUCCAUCCCUGUCAGUGCACGGCCAGUCUGCAACGAUUCUGUGGACUUCUACUCCCUUACAUCAAAGAACGGCACUGACCUGAACUGCAUUCCUCCCUCUGAGUUUUACUUCUACGCUGACCUUUACAUCAUUUUACCGGUCAUCUAUUCUGUAAUCUGCACAGUCGGACUGACAGGAAAUACGGCUGUCAUCUAUGUGAUCCUCAAAGCCCCCAAGAUGAAAACAGUCACCAAUAUGUUCAUCCUGAACUUGGCCAUCGCCGAUGAUUUGUUCACUUUAGUGCUACCGAUCAACAUAGCCGAACACCUGCUGCACUACUGGCCUUUUGGUGAUGUUUUGUGUAAAGUCAUCCUGAGCAUAGACCACUACAACAUCUUCUCCAGUAUAUAUUUCCUUACCGUUAUGAGCAUUGACCGCUACCUGGUCGUUUUGGCCACAGUGAGGUCCAAGCGCAUGCCUUACCGCACCUACCGAGCAGCCAAAAUCAUCUCAUUAUGUGUCUGGAUACUUGUUAUCCUCAUCGUCAUGCCUUUCACUGUUUUUGCUGGCGUCUUCGUGAACCCGACUGAUGGGAGGAAGAGCUGUGUGCUCAGCUUCCCGAGCCCCGAGAGUUCGUGGUUCAAAGCGAGCCGGAUCUACACGCUCAUCCUGGGCUUUGCCAUUCCUGUCUCAACCAUCUGUAUCUUAUACACCAUGAUGCUCUACAAGCUGAGGAACAUGCGGCUCAACAGUAAUGCCAAGGCGUUGGACAAGGCCAAGAAAAAAGUCACCAUCAUGGUUUUUAUCGUCUUGGCCGUCUGCUUGUUCUGCUGGACGCCGUUCCACCUCAGCACUGUCGUGGCUCUGACGACGGACCUGAGGACCACACCGCUCCUGAUCGGGAUCUCCUAUUUCAUAACCAGCCUGAGCUACGCCAACUCCUGCCUCAACCCAUUCCUCUACGCCUUCCUGGACGACAGCUUCAGAAAAGCCUUCAAGAAAAUGGCGGAAUGUAGACCGGCCUGAACAUUCGAUAGUUCGUCACAGGAAACCGGUCGCUGUGGUCUACAGAGACUUACGGAGGGAGGACAGACUGUGGCGGAAAAAUGGGAUGGAUAGGAUUAAAAUGAGAAUUGUCAAAUUAUGUCAUACAUAUUUAAUUUGUUUGGUUUGUUUAAGCUGCACUAGGCAAGUUUACACAUCGUUUGCACAUGCUAGCAAUAGGUAGCUAUUGUCAUUUAUCUGAGAUAUGUAUUUAAAAAACAUAGAAUAAUACCUGUGAAAGGCACAACUCCCAUCUAUAAAUGAUUUAUACUACAGUAAACCAAAGUGAUCAGAGAAGAAAAGCAUAAUAUUUGA